UUCUUAUUUUUUUUCAAGUCAAAUCUUUGCGUGCUAACGACGUGUUUGCAACAAAUUGAAGCUAUUUAAUACAAUACACUAAUAGCAAACAAUUUAUUAGCAUGGAAAAGGUGAACGAACUGAAGGAAAAGGGUAACACAGCGCUCAAUGCAGAAAAGUAUGACGAAGCGGUUGCUGCAUACACAGAAGCUAUAGCGCUGGAUGAGAAGAAUCAUGUGCUGUUUAGCAACCGCUCGGCAGCAUUUGCCAAAGCUGGAAAAUUCAAGGAGGCGCUAGAGGAUGCGGAAAAGACCAUUGCACUGAACCCCACCUGGGCCAAAGGUUACUCACGCAAAGGUGCUGCUGCUGCUGGCCUGCGCGACUACAUUAAAGCCUUUGAGGCUUACAAUGAAGGCUUGAAGCACGAUCCGCAAAACGUCAUGCUGAUGCAGGGCCGUCAGGAAAUAACAGCCUCGGUGUUGAGUUUCAUGCAGUCGCAGGGCGACAUACCCAUGGACAUUGAUCCGGAGGAGAGCAGCCGUGCUAGCGCGCCCCCGCCGCCAACUAAGGCCGAGCCAGCCAAGCCGGCUGAGCCAAAGCCCGAAGACAUGACAGAGGAUGAGCGCAAAAAGUACUUUGCCAAGAAAGAAAAGGAACUGGGCAAUGCUGCCUACAAGAAGAAGGACUUUGAAACUGCCCUUAAACAUUACAAUGCCGCUAUCGAGCACGAUCCCACUGACAUUACCUUCCACAAUAAUAUUGCGGCUGUGUACUUUGAACGCAAGGAGUAUGAUGAAUGCAUCAAGCAGUGCGAGAAGGGUGUCGAGGUGGGACGUGAGAAUCGUGCCGACUUUAAGCUGAUUGCAAAAUCUUUGGCACGCAUUGGCAAUUCCUAUCGUAAGCAGGGCAACUUUAGACAGGCCAAGGUAUACUAUGAGAAAGCCAUGUCUGAGCAUCGCACACCGGAGAUAAAGACCUCGCUUAGUGAAAUGGAGGCAAAGAUUAAGGAGGAGGAACGUUGCGCUUACAUUGAUCCCGUCAAAGCUGAGGAAGAGAAGGAGAAGGGUAAUGAAUUCUUCAAGAAGGGUGACUAUAGCACAGCUGUCAAGCACUAUUCGGAGGCCAUUAAGCGCAAUCCCGAUGAUCCCAAAUUGUACAGCAAUCGUGCUGCCUGCUAUACAAAACUUGCUGCCUUUGAUUUGGGUCUGAAGGAUUGCGAAUCUUGCAUCAAGCUAGACGAGAAAUUCAUCAAGGGUUACAUCCGAAAGGGAAAAAUUCUGCAGGGCAUGCAACAAACAUCCAAAGCUUCAACUGCGUAUCAAAAGGCACUUGAAUUGGAUCCGAAUAAUGCUGAGGCCAUUGAUGGGUAUCGCCAGUGCUCCAUGAACUUCCAACGUAAUCCACAAGAGGUGCUUAAGAAUGCCAUGUCCGAUCCGGAAAUUCAACAGAUACUGAAGGAUCCGGCCAUGCGCAUGAUUCUGGAGCAAAUGCAAAACGAUCCAAAUGCUGUGAAAGAACACUUGCAAAAUCCAGCUAUUGCCGAUAAGAUAAUGAAGCUGCUGGAGUCGGGCAUUAUACAAAUACAUUAGUCUUAGCGUUAUUCGAAAAAACCAUACAAAGAAAAUUUGCAAGCAAAACAAGCCAAUCGCUAACAUUCAGAAGACAUUAAAUAACAUUUAAUUUACAAACAAAAUUAAUGCACUAAUAGUUACUAGUGUGCUGCCUCUAAACAAAUAUACAUAUAUCACUACCUUAACAUAGCUAUGCUAAAACUAAAUAUCAAUUACAAUAACUAUUGUCUGUACUAUCUAUACAGAUGCUGCUUUGGAAAUGUCUCUACAGGCAACGCCGCUGUCCUUAUUUUCAUACUACAUUAUAUGCAGUAGCUUAGCUCUAUAAUAAGUUUUCCAAUGUACAAUAAAUACAAGUCAAGAAUGGUAAA